GGGGGGCGUCCAGUUGCCUUGGCUGGAGCUGCAUUUUGAGGCAGGCAGGGCUGAAGGAGGAGAGGGGAAGGCUUUCUCAUACAUACUCCUCCCCGGUUGAGUUUUUGUGUGUGUGUGUGUGAGAGAGAGAGAGUGUGUCAUUUCGUGCAUCGAGACGCUGCAGAAAGCAGUCCUUAAUUUUUUUUUAAUCCUCCACCCAGUGUUUUUUUGUUCCACAAUCUGCCGCAUAAUGUCGACAGGCAGAGAACAAUGGAUAUUCUCGGCACUGCGGGGAUAAACGCUGACCGCAGGGAAUAAGAGUGCGUUUGUCUUUUUUUUUUUUGCAUUCAUCCAACAUUUAAAAAAAACCUUUAGCAGCGGUGCUUUCCGUCAUCGUCACUCCUGCCACUGCUCCCCUAUUCCCACACGAAGCUUUUAUUUCUAAUUAGACGGACGAACGCAAUUGCUCGCGGGUUUUAAAGGUUUCCCACUCCCACCCGCCAAAGAGACUGAAGGUAUUUUAUCCUUUCGUUUGUGAAUCCCCACUAUUUUUAUUGGGGAAAAUGGAGGCUGUGAUAGGGAAGGAAUGCAGUGCGCUUGGUGGACUAUUUCAGACCAUCAUCGGCGACAUGAAGGGAAGUUACCCAAUCUGGGAAGAUUUUAUUAGCAAAGCGGGUAAGCUACAGUCCCAACUAAGGACCACUGUGGUGGCUGCUGCUGCUUUUUUGGAUGCCUUUCAGAAAGUGGCAGAUAUGGCUACAAAUACCCGUGGUGCAACAAGAGAAAUUGGUUCAGCGUUAACCAGAAUGUGUAUGAGACAUAGAACCAUUGAAGCUAAACUUCGUCAAUUCUCAGCAUCUUUGGUCGAUUGCCUGAUAAAUCCACUGCAGGAUCAAAUGGAAGAAUGGAAGAAAGUGGCCAAUCAGCUGGACAAAGACCAUGCAAAAGAAUAUAAGAAAGCUCGUCAAGAAAUCAAGAAGAAAUCAUCUGAUACAUUGAAACUUCAGAAAAAAGCAAAGAAAGGAAAAGGAGACAUUCAACCUCAGCUGGACAGUGCUUUGCAAGAUGUAAAUGAUAAAUAUCUUCUGCUCGAAGAAACAGAGAAGCAAGCUGUUCGUAGAGCUCUCAUUGAAGAACGUAGUCGCUUCUGUACUUUUGUUUCAAUGCUGCGACCCGUGGUUGAAGAAGAAAUGUCAAUGCUGGGGGAGGUAACUCAUCUGCAAACUAUUGCAGAUGAUCUGACUAAUCUGACAAUGGAUCCUCACAAACUACCAACAGCCAGUGAGCAGGUAAUUAUUGAUCUAAAGGGCUCUGAUUAUAACUGGACAUACCAAACUCCUCCAUCUUCUCCAAGCACCACCAUGUCUAGGAAGUCUAGUGUCUGCAGCAGUCUGAACAGCGUUAACAGUAGUGACUCCAGAUCCAGUGGAUCCCACUCUCACUCUCCCACUUCACACUAUCGCUACCGCAGCUCCAACCAGCCCCAACAAGUUCCAAUGAGGCUGUCCAGUGUAUCAUCCCAUGACUCUGGCUUCAUGUCCCAGGAUGCAUUCCAAUCCAAGUCCCCUUCCCCAAUGCCACCAGAAGGAACCACCCAGAAUUCAUCAAGCUCUGCCUCCUCUGAAGCUUCUGAAACGUGCCAAUCAGUGAGUGAGUGCAGCUCACCCACUUCAGUAAGCUCGGGUUCUACAAUGGGAGCCUGGGCAUCAACAGAAAAGUUGACAAAUGGGUUUGAUCACUUCAAUUCAUCUAGUGAACCAUACCUUGCCUCAGUUGGUACACGCUUUCUCCCACAUUUUCAGUCCUGUUCCCGACCCUGUUCCAGACCUUAUUCAGCAGCUCUCCCAGUUUCUCCUCAUUAUUAUACCAUUGGGCCUGGCAUGUUUCCAUCAUCAAAGGUGCCUAGCUGGAAGGACUGGGCAAGACCAGGUCCCUAUGACCAGGCAGGAGUAAACACUCUUCUAAAGCGUAAAGACUCCGAGCAGCGACGUGAUACUGAAACUAAAGCAACGGCAUCCAUUGGCCAGAGCGUACAAAUGGAUGAGGCUCAGAGAACUCGAAGUAUGACUGUCUCUACUGCUACGUACAGUCAUAAGCAGGGGGAGGAGGUGGAAACUCAUGAAGAACUGGCUUUGGCCUUGAGCCGAGGGCUUCAGCUGGAUACGCAGAGGAGCAGUAGGGAUUCCUUACAAUGCUCAAGUGGGUAUAGCACACAGACUACCACGCCAUGUUGCUCAGAAGACACAAUCCCUUCACAAGUUUCAGAUUAUGAUUACUUCUCGGUUAGUGGUGAUCAAGAUGUUGAACAGACCGAGUUCGACAAGUCCUCCACAAUCCCACGAAAUAGUGAUAUAAGCCAGUCCUAUCGCCGAAUGUUCCAGGCAAAGCGCCCUGCAUCGACAGCAGGCUUGCCAACAAACUGUGCACCAGCGAUGAUGACUCCAGGCGUCGCAACAAUUAGGCGAACGCCCUCAACCAAACCUUCAGUCCGAAGAGGAACUCUAGGCGCAGGCCCAAUACCAAUCAAGACACCUGUGAUUCCUGUCCUAACUCCGACUGUGCCUGAAGCUGGUGGCUAUUCCGGCUUACAGCUUGGGCCAGAGGAGUGCUCGGAGCAGGGUCCUGAGACUUCAGAAAAUAAUUUAUCUUUAGCUGCGUGCACACAAGCACUAGCCACCUCACCUAUGUUGUCCCAGUCCACCAACUCCACAGAGGAAGAAAGGCAGUCUGUAAUGAGCCAACAGAUGUCAGCAGUGCUCCCGGCCACCAAAAUGGUGACUGCAGCGGUGGACCACCCUGGUGCAGCCUCAAGCCUGCAGGAGCCAGUUGCGGCAGGUGAAAGUUCAUCGGCCCCCUUACCUCCGCAGGGUGAAGACAUGCUCAGUGCCAUCCGACGUGGAGUAAAACUGAGAAAAACAACUACCAAUGACCGCUCGGCCCCACGAUUUUCGUAAAUGUACAAAUUAUAGUGUGGAAAUUAAGAUAGGGGGGUCUCCGUGAUCUGGAGAAAUCCAUUCCAGUGUGUGUAUUUGGAAAAAAAAUUAUCUCAAUAACAUACCAGAAGUAUAUUAUGUGAGAAGCUCAUGAGAGAGGAGACUGGUGGAAUAAAGGGGAAAAGGCAGUUGGGGAAUAGGGGAAGCUUUACUAGUUGCAUUACCUUUUGGAUUUUACAGUCUAUAAUUAUGCAGACUGUUUCCUGUUGCAGCUGCUUUUUAGUUUGCCGAUUGCUUUAUUCUUUCCCUUCUGUCAGAAGGUGCCAAAUCAUAUAUAACAUGCUAUGAAUUUCAUUGUAAUCUGACAGAGAGCACAACACGUUGAGAUUUAUUUUAUUGAGGAAUGGAUCAUUUUAUUUAAGACUGUUAAGGAAGGUAUUCAGUGACUGAAAGGUAAAGAGUAGUGCAUUGAAUUUGGAGCAUAUUGAGUAAAAUGAAAGAUUUAAUUUAUUGGAUUUUAUCCAUGUACAAAGAUUUUUCUAUAGGAUGGAGCGAUAAGCAGCAUCACUCAGUAUUAUGCAUAUUUACUGUCCUUGCAGUAAAUAGAGAUGAAUUAUAGCAGACUAUCAGCUAACAUAAGCAAUACAACACAAAGGCAUGAUGAGUCAGCGUGGAUUAAUGUUUAGUUCGAGUGCCAUGACAGUAACAAGACUAAAAAAAAUUGAUGUUUUUACACAGUUAAACAUACAGUAAUUUUCUAGUGCUUAAUGUUGAUCCUAUUGAAAUGAGCCAUUCACGGUAACAGAAUUUGUAAUUUCAUAAAAUAUUUAGACAUUGCUUUCUGUUAAAUUUAACUGUCCACAGAAGUUGGCUUGUUUGUAUGCAUGUGGCCCAAUGUUAUUUUCUUUACACCUAUAACAUUUCAUAUGCUCUCUUCACACUUCCCUUUCUCCACUAUUUUUCUAAUUUUAAAUACAGAUUUUAGUCUAAAACAGCAGAAAGUAAGCGAAGUACAGUAAAAUCACAUCUUUUUAAAAAAACUCAAAAGGUAGCAGGGAGUUCUCUAAAUAACAUUGCCUUUUUCUCAAAUUUUCAUUUUAAACAAGAGUUUCACCCAGCAGGCUGGGGCAGGUAAAACCCACAGAGUACAAUAUUAAGAAAACAAAACAAAAUGUUCAUGCUAUGACAGAGCAGUAGCCAUAGAAUUACAGCUCAGGUCUUAUCCCUUGUGCAGCAACGUGUCUAUUAAAAAUACUUUCAGGGGCUUGUUUGUUAUGCUCUCAAUUCAUGAAUGGAAAGCUGCAAAUGGAGUGUACAAAUAUUAUGUAUAGUUGCCAUCUUCUCUCUGCAUGAUUAAUACUUUAAUAUAUGUUUAGCAUUUUUGGUAAGCAGAGUCUGCAUUUUCAAUAUUGUAUUUUGUUUGCAUCAGUAAUAGCUGGUAUAGGUCAUGCAAUCUUCAGUAAAUUGGUAUAUCCCAUUAAUUCACAAUGUCUUCAUUCAAUGACCUUAAAUGUCAGCACAAGAUGGUAGCAGGUAUGUAAAUUGUUUUCAAAUGCGGUUUGCUUUUUUUAAGCAUUAGCCACUAAGCGCAAUUAUAUAUGGCUGUUUUUAAUCUUGCAGGUGUUUUUACAUAAUCUUUUAACAUUUCACAAGGCACAGAAAACAUAAUUAUUUCCAUCAAUUGGAGAAUGUUCUCAACAUUCUGGAGCCACAUAAAUUAGAGUUGCUAUUCAUUUUAAAUGGAGUUAUGUUUGAUCUUUGCAGAAAAGGUUAAGCAAAUCAGCAUUUGAAAUUACCCAAUUGCAACGUUUAAUAAACAAGUCCCUGGUUAGAAAAUAGUAAUAUCUUUGUAGUGCCUGUGGUGAUUCUGAUACAAAAAUGUAACUGAAAAGACAAGUAUACAGUGAGACAGGAAUAGUUAAUAUACAAUAGUAAAUCCAGCUGAUGCAGAUUUGCAAAUGAUGCUAAUAGUCAAUGGUUACUUAUUAGAUCUUAAUGCUAAAAUAAUAGCCACAACAGUAAUCGUUCAGUGAAAGAAAAAAAAUGUAGGAAAACGUCAAGGCACAUGGUAGAUCAAAGUAGAUUUUCAAAUUCAUCGCACAUCCUUGCAUCCCUUCAUGGUUAAAUAUUAAAGAAUGUUGCCAAAAUUUUAAUAAUGUGUAAACAGAAUUGUUUUUGGAAUAGUAAACAUUUGAUGUGUUUUACAGAUUGUAAAACAAAAAGGCUAUCACACUGAAAUUAGAGUUGUUUCUAAUGGUAAAUUAUUGUGGUUUUUGUUUCUGGUUUGUAUUGAGAGUUGACCUCUCCUUGUGGAGUUUCAUUUUGUUUGACAGGUGUAAAUAUAACAACAUAUAAUUUUUGUGUCGGCCUCUUCUGUGUAAUGAUUGCUUCAGCCUAUAUUAAAGAAAUUUAAAGAAAA